AUGGACCGCCGACGUUCAGUGAUGCCCCCUGGGUCAAGUCUUCCUGUUCCGACAACGAUGAAGAAACCAGCAGCCCCCACACCCAAUGCCAGUCGGAUGUCUCUUUCUGGCCAUGCGAUUCGCGGUCCAUACCCUAUACCCCCCAAUAUAAACCCUCGGCAAACCCUAUUAAGAUCCCAGGGCACAGGAAUCAACCCAUUGCUACAAAGUGCUUCCAAGUCUGCUAUUGGUAGAACUCCAGGACCGCCAAAUAGCAAUCGUCGCGGUUCAAUAUGGGCCGGUGCACCGGCCCAACCUUCCAGUAGUCAGCCUAAAGAUCCACGCCCUAUUCGUGAUAAGAACUUCCAAGCCAGAGAACGCGCGGAAAUAUACAGUUAUCUCAAAGACAACCCACCGCAGGAUUUCACCAUACAGAAGUUGACCAACGUCACUGGGAAGGAUUAUCGAUGCAUAUUCGAACAUCUAGUUCAAACCAUAAAUCCAAUGUGUCUUAUCGAAGGACAAACUCGAUUCGAGGACGUGUUUAUACCGACGUUAAAAGCGUUACGAUACCCAUGGGUGAAUUCAUUAGAUAAUAAGUGGCUAGCUGCACCAGCAAGUAUGCAUUCGUGGCCGUCACUGUUGGGUGUGUUGCAUUGGCUUGUGGAAAUGUGCAAAAUGGUCGAGGAAUACUUCAAUAGUGGGCAUCCGACGCUCCAGGAUACCAGAAUCAUUCCCGAUGAAUUCGAUGAUCCUAAUCACCAUGCUGCCUUGGCACUUGAAUACUAUCAGGAUUCGUACAUAAUAUGGCUCGAUCAUGUCGAUGAGUUUAUCGAACCCAACCAGCAAAUUGAAGAUCGUUAUGCCAGGAAGAACGAACGCGCUCAGCAGGAGCUAGAUUUGCUUACGACCCAGCUGCAUGAAGCAAUGACAGAACUCAAGAAGUUAACGGACUCACCAGCACCCAUAGCUAAAUUUGAAGACGAUAAUAAGCAACUCAAUGGUGAUAGUGAAAAGUUCCGCAGGAUCUUACAACAGUACGAUGCGCGGAAGGCAAAGUUGACAGACGCGAUCGCGGCAGAGAGAGACGAGCUAAAUCGACUAGAUAAAGAGUUGACUGCAAUGAAAGCUGAACAAGAACGAUUGCAGAAGAUUGUUCAGGAACAGAAUCUUUCGCCAGAGGAAGUUCACCGUAUGAAUUCUGACCACGAAGUCUUGCAACGGAAUUUGGAUGACCUCCGGCAAAAGAAGGCAGACAUACAUCGAACGGUCAUGAAGCUUGAAGUAACUCUCACGCAUUCGACUUCUAAGGCUGAAGAAUGUUUGGAUCAAUAUACAAACCUUCUCUCGAAAUUGGAUCUUUUCCCUCCGCUUUCACCUCCCCACGAGCAUGUCGACUUGACCAUGGAGCUUAACACAGCAGCGCAAGAUACACGACAGCUUCUGAUUGGGCCAGACAUAAAGAAGGUGGUUAAACCCGUACUUAAUAAUGUAGCAGAGGCCAAGCGAAGGGAACGAGCUAAUCUGGACACCGAGAGGAUCAAGCUGGACAAUGAUCUCGAUCGGAUGAUCAUGGAACUUGAGAUACUCGAAAAUGAGAUAAAUCAGGAAGAGAGCAAAGUGAAGUCGGUAAAUGACGAGGCUGAAAGUCUACACGCCAGCUCACAGCAAGAAGGCCAACAAGCUGCUCAACAGCUUACGCGUUUAGAAAGAGACCUUUCUGAUGCACGAACCGCAGCUCUCGCGAGUGGGAUGGGAGUCAAAUCGCGUUUGCAGUCGCUACAAAUCGAAUACAAUGAGCAGGUGGCAAAAUAUGGACGCCUCAAGGAUGAAACAAUUCGGGCUAUCUUGAAGAAUAGUAACGAGAUUGCAGAGUUUAAAGGGGAAGUUUCCAGGAACUUGCAGGAACUGAGAACCGUCGCUGAGAUGGGUUCAUGA